AUCACCUUCUUGGCUCACACACCUUCAGAACACAGGCAAUCACAGAGCUCCACCAUGAAAUUUGUGGCUCUUGCAUUAACGGUCCUGCUGGCCGCAGGUACCCAGGCGCGGUUCCUGCAGAGUGACGCCCCCUCUCAAGUGGAACAUGCCAAGGCUGCCUUAAUGGUGUACGUGAUCCAGGUGAAGGAGGCACUACAGAAGUCUCUCGAGCAUCUGGAAAAUACUGAGUACAAGGAAUACAAAGAACAACUGUCUCAGACCCUUGACCAAAUAGAGAACGGCAUCAAGAUUACCUCAGACAAGCUGGCCCCAUUUGCCUCCCAGCUGCUGGAUGGUACUGCCGAUGUACGCAAGCAGAUCGCAGAUGAUGUGGAGGAGCUGCGCAAGCAGCUGGAGCCCAAACGUGAGGAGCUGCGCCAGGUGAUUGAGAAGCACUUGCAGGAGUACCGGGAGAAGCUGGAACCUGUUGUGAAAGAGUAUGCUGAGAAACACAAGAUGGAAAUGGAGGCCAUGAAGAAGAAGUUGGAGCCUGUGAUGGAGGAGCUGAGAGAGAAAAUCAGGGUCAAUGUGGAGGAGACCAAGUCCAAGUUAAUUCCCAUCGUGGAGGCUAUCCGUGAAAAGGUAACCACACGGGUAGAAGCGUUAAAGGAACAGGUUGCUCCCUAUGUCCAGGAGUACAAGGAGCAGCUGGUGAAGGCUGUGAACAACCUAAAGAGUGGCCGUGAGGACAUGGAGAAAAAGCUGAAACCCCUAAUGGAUGAAGUACUUGAAAAGCUACGAGCAAUGGGGGAUAUCAUCAAGGAGCAACUCCUUAGCUAAACAGCCUUCUCACUACUCCCACGACCUACCCACCGCACCCACUCACCAUCACGCAUGUACCUGUGCCUGUCAACACACUUUAACAAACCGCAUUCUUGGCUUUAAAUGAGACUUAAUGGCAUGUGAGAGAUGUGUGCUUCCCCCACCAGGGUUCCAUAUAGAUAUGUUUGCUCUGAUUGCACUCUGUAGCUCUACUGCUUGAGGAGAAAUCUGUAUUUUUUAACAUCUCAGUCCAACCCUGCCCCUUGCCUGACCAAUAAAAUCCAGACUAUUUCCUACCA